UACAAAUCCAAUUUCAUUUAUGAGAAUUAUGUUUAAAUAAUAUGUAAGUCAGAUAAACUGUAAGUAGAAAUUAAUUUAAAAUUUAAAACCUUAAAUGAAAGGCCUUAGCCUGAACCCAAUCCACCUCAUCUGGGUGUAAUACACCCAUAGACAAACUGUAUUUGUGAUAUCUCGAGUUCCUUUUAAUAUUCUUUCUUACUUAUAGUCGACCUAAUAAUCCACAAGGAAGUUGGAAUGAACACCUUUGUGAAUGCAAUUGUUAUUGCAAUUGUAUAUAAAGUAUAAAGCAUGCGAAAGUGACUUAUUUUUGGGGGCCUUAACUUUUUUCCUACAGUCCGUAGCUAUUAUUGUUACCCACUUUACUCUCCCCUAAUUCUCAAAAUAUCAUAUUCGUACUCUUUCAAUACCAUUUAUCUUGACUGCAUAUGACACUUGAACCUUGUCCUUAUUCCAUAACCUGCAACACGAUCGCAAACGUACCGCCCCAGUUUUUUGCUACAAACAGAAUGUACAGGCGAAGAGAGGCCAACUUUUGACUUGUCUUGCACGAACAUUGUGCUAACAUCCCGACAAGCCAUCAGCAGUGCACAGACAGACACACAUUAACUAAAUCUUAUAUUGUUAAAAGCCUAAAAUUAUAGAAAUAUUUUAAUUUACACUUAUAAUAAUUCUUGAAAUAAUGUAAUAACCAGUCAAAUUUAAGAUUAAAAUUUUAAAAGAGAAAACGGGAUUGUUCACGUCAACUAAUUUACCUCCCCCCUCCCCGUUUCAACAAUUGUCAGACAUUUCCAGCGCCCACCCAUAUUUUUUUUUCAUAAUUAGUGGGCGACCCCUUGUUGUAUAUUUGAGUUUGUAUAAUCCAUAAAAUAAAUUUUAAAUUUUAAUAAUUAAUAAAUGAACUGCGCUGAAUGCAUUUGGGUACCAAUGAUAAUAAAAUGUGUGCAACUUGAAAAAAAGCAUUUCAAAGCAGAAGAGUUUUUACAUUAAGAACAGAAUGUUCUUUGCAAAUAUGGCUACAACACAUUGUGCAUUGACAUUUUGUUUUCCUGUCUAUUUUUCGCUGGGCACUGAGCGCAUCUCUUCUGCUUUGAAGCUGAAGUAGGAUCAAAAUCGGUUGUCCUUUCCCUCUUUGCAGGAGCUGAAGUAGGAUCAAAAUCAGUUGUCCUUUCCCUCUAUGCAGGAGCUGAAUUAGGAUCAACAUCAGUUGUCCUUUCCCUCUUGGCAGGAGCUGAAGUAGGAUCAACAUCAGUUGUCCUUUCCCUCUUUGCAGGAGCUAAAGUAGGAUCAAUAUCAGUUGUCCUUUCCCUCUUUGCAGGAGCUGAAGUAGGAUCAACAUCAGUUGUCCUUGCCCUCUUGGUAGGAGCUGAAGUAGGAUCAACAUCAGUUGUCCUUUCCCUCUUUGCAGGAGCUGAAGUAGGAUCAACAUCAGUUGUCCUUUCCCUCUUGGCAGGAGCUGAAAUAGGAUCAACAUCAGUUGUCCUUUCCCUCUUGGCAGGAGCUGAAGUAGGAUCAACAUCAGUUGUCCUUUCCCUCUUUGCAGGAUCUGAAGUGGGAUUAAAGCUUAUCAUACAUUGUUUUAUUGACACAGAUUGUUCGUGUCAAAUUAAUCUAUUUUAAAGCUAUAUCGCAGUCCAACACUCUUUUAAGUAGGAUCAAUAUCAGUUGUCCUUGCCCUCUUUGCAGGAGUGGAAAUUGAAGCGUUCCGGGUAGCUUGAUCAAGUGUUUGUAAAGAUUUCAAUACACUGAUGAUGUUGUGUCUUACAAUAUCUUUAUGUGUCGGGACGGAACGCCUCUGUAUUUGUUGGAGUGUGAGGAAAUAUGCAACGUUAUAUUGAAUUGCUGUCUGUUGUUUUCAUGAGACAGUGAGUUGAUAUGAUAUUUAUAUUUGAAAUACACUCUUCCUGCAAUUGAUGCCAAGCUACUAAAAGCCACCAUUUAAUAAGUUUUUCGUUUCCCAGAAAAUGCCAUCGCCAUUUGGUUCAUGGCGUCUACGCCUCCUUUGUUUUGUUUUUUUUUUGUAGUAGAGCACAAUCUCUGGUUUCUUGCAUUCUGUUUCUUUUUCUAUGUCUGGGUGACUGUGCAUGGUGCUCGGGAGCAAAACAUUUUUCUGCUUAUUGGUCUGAUUAUUGACAAGUGUAUCUUCUGGUCUCAACAAAAACACUAAUUCGUUGAGGGGCAGAUCGUUCUUUUGUUGGAACUCCUUGGGUAGGAGCAUCUUGUUCCGCUUCACUGUUCCAACAAGAGUGAGCCUGUUCACAACUACUGUGAUGUUCUCUCCAGGAAACAUAAUACCUUGCCAAAUUACUUAGGGAUGCUUACCAAAUAUCUCUCAUAGGAGCAAAGAUGUCACGGAACCGACCUACUGACCUAGUAUACUUGUCAUUAAAGCAAAUAUGCUUCAGAAGGUUGAAGAAUCUUUUUAUUGAGAGGACUUCCAUCAACAGGGCUGAAUAAAAAUUUCACAGAAACGCUAUUCUGGGGAAUAGCACCCGUGUGUAGGAGGCAAUCAAUAAAAGCUUUCAUUUAGAUCGCAUCAGUCAUUUGCCAUGUGUCUCCUUGUACUCUCUCACCUUCCCUGUUGUUGCAGUCAUCUAUUGUUUUCAUAAUUUUUUUCAUUAAUGUACAGAAGAAAUGCUUCAAUUGGAGAAACUAUAUGAUAUGUGAAGGGAGUUCGGUUCCUAGACAGUUUGAAUAUGUUCUUCUGGGGAGUUCUUGCCUCAGGGUGUGGUGGUCUAGAAAACCAUACAUCUACGUUAUCUUUGCCCAGGACAGUAUUUUCAUUGAUCCAUUUUGCACAAUAUCACCAUCUGAUUCAUUGCUCUCUUUGUCAUUACAUGCACUGCUUUCAAAGGUUUGGCUAUCAUCAAUAGCUGCAGUAUAAACUGCGUUGACCUCAUCAUCAGAGAUGCUUGAAUCAAUACUAGUGUCUUCUGUUUGUGAUGGCUGCCUCUCCUCGUCCCCUUCAUCAGAUAUUUCAGGUUCAUCACUUGUUUGCCCAUUACCACCAUCAUCUACUGGAGCACAAAGUUUAGCAGAGAUGUUUCCAUCCAUUUUGCACUUGGAAAAAAGUGUACAUGUUAAACUGUUGUUCAAUGUCAAGAUUAUGACAGGCUAGUUACAAAUAGGCAUUUUCCAUCAAUCCUUCUAGAUCUAUAUCUAACAGUUGGAUUAAGAUUAUAUAGUUAUUUAUAUUUGGUAUUCAGAUAGUAAACUGAUAGAGAAUAAGAAAGUGUCCUUAUUUGAAAGCAAGGUCUUAUCUGUUGCUUGAGAAAAAUCAGAUAUUUAAAAGACUUGGUUUUAACCAAGGAUGAUCACUCAAAUUCUGAGUAUAUUUCUUUGGCUGGAAAAGCUACAACUAAAUCAUGCCAAUUUGAAAAGUAUUAAAAAAGCAAAAAAAAAAAAAAAAAAAAGAGCUAUAAGAUUUUCUGUGAUAUUCGACUAAGCAAGGAAUCUUCAUAAACAUUUUCCCCCAUUAUAAUAAGUUGAAGGGUGUGCUACACACAGUCGCUACAGGGACCGGGUAUACAAUAUGUUGAGGUUGAUAGGGAUGAGACAUUUUUUACAAAUAAACAAAGUCAAACGCUUGUAAAUAUGUGUGUGUGUAUGUAUGAAGAAGAUCAUGUUUCUUAAAUAGUAAAAACAAUUUUCAUACAUCUAAAUUUUAGGAAAAAUUCUACGCCUAAUGUGUUCUUACUUUACCCAUUACCAGAUAAAUUUACAAUGUCAAAGAGACACACAGCUACAAACGCUAUAUCGAGAGGGGGCAAUCAGCCAUUCGACAGAAGUGACUUGUGUAGAUCUAAAACCAGCCAUAAAAAUACAAACGAUUCUCUAAAACUAGGUCCCACCAAAGCAUCACCUUCCUAUGACAUCAAUGACAGCAGUCUCGCAUCGGCAACAGAUAACUUUUCAGAGUUACCAAAUGGAGAUUUAUAUCAAGCUAUCUCAUCAGGUAACCUGGACGAUAUCAUUAAACUGAUUGAAAAAUCAGAAAAAAAGACCAAUGAGGUCAAGCAGUCGACUCUAGACCAGGG